CUGACACUGGAUCAGUGGAGCGAAAGGAGAGGCAGACAGCUGGGGAGCUUCACUUUCAGCACAGGAGACAAUCCUCAACUCCUGGACUACUUUUGUGUGUGUGUUUUGGAAAACUUUGGGGUGGAAAAAAAGGGGGGCGGGGGGGGCCUUGUGUGAAUGUGUUUGUCAGCUGCAUGGAUCCGUUUGUGAGCUGAGAAAUGUUCGUGCUGCCAUAUGCUGCCUGUAGUGUGUAGAAGUGAGCAUGUUUGGGAUGGAAAAGUGGGGCUGGCACGACCCACAGCUCUGGUCUUAGCUUUACGCCAUGGGGGGUUGCCAUAGUUACCCCUCAGCUACGGAGGCGGACGGCAAGACUCUUCAGCCCUCUGACAUCAGCAGUGAAAAACUGGGAAUUAAUAACAAUAAUCUGGAGGAGCGCCCAUAUCUGCAGCAGCAGUACGCGUGCCAGCAGAUCACACACACAGACAUGAUCACCCUCACAGCUCUGCCGCCAGGCGUCGACAAGGCUGAGUGGCUUGCCAGCAACACGGUGGCAUUUUUCAAGCAUAUAAACCUGUUCUCCAGUGCGCUGUCUGAGUUCUGCACUCCCAGCACCUGCCCAACUGCGUGUGGACCUGGCAACACGGUUUAUGUCUGGACUGACGACCAUGGAAGGAAGCUGAAGUGCUCUGCUCCGCUUUACUUCGACUAUGCCAUGUCAUACAUUCAGGACCUACUCACUGAUGAAGACGUGUUCCCCACAAAAGCAGGUUCGGUGUUUCCAACAGGCUUUGUCUUUCUGGUCCAGAAAGUUUUUUUGCUGUUGUUUAGGACCCUGGCUCACAUUUACUGGUCUCACUACAGAGAGACACUUGCCCUGGGGCUGCACGCACACCUCAACACACUCUUCUCGCACCUCACACUUUUCUGUCGGCAGCACUCGCUGCUGGAGCCCGAAGACACCGAGCCACUGCAGGACCUCAUCACCGCUCUGGGACAGUAAGGCUGAACCUAAAGAGCAAACACACACGCAUUUUAAUCACACAUUUAUUUACUUGUUAUAGCUGUUUAUAAAGCUAUAGUGCGUCUCACCACUCUGGGCCAAAGUUCAUCGUACUUAACUGUAUGGAUUUUUUUUUAAAGGUCUGGAAAUUGUAACAUGGGGGGGGGGCGCAGCAUGUGGGAAAAUGACUGAGUCUGUUCUGCUUUAAAAAGCAGCGAUUCAGGCCAGACCAGAGUAUCUGGCUCCUCUUGUAUAUAGUUGUUAUUGUGAUACUGUGUGAAAUUGUAAUAUUGCAUGUUAGUGUAUUUAAAUAUAAUGGUGCAUUAUUACAUUUUGAUAAGGUCAAGAUCUUCAAAGUCAUUCAUGUCUUCUUCAUAGGCUUAACACAGUAAUGAAAACCACUGAAAUGUCUCCUGGUGUCUUUUCCUGUGAGACUCACAGACAAUUUACAGUUAAUAGAAACAAUGUGCCAUACUUACAUUUUGAACAUUUGGAAAAACUUAUGAUGGUGGUGUGUGGACAGAAACGUGAUAACAUUGUCAUGACUGCAACUGUACUGACUGACUCAGCUUAUCUCUGCAUCUUUAUGUAUGAUUCUGCACUCUGUAAUAAACAUGUAUGACAGACAA